AUGAAUGAUACGACGCCCUCUCCGACUCCGGGUCCUGUAACGAAGCCGUCUCCCAGUUCCAAAUCCUCGCCGGCGUCAACGGCUGGCACCAAGCGCAAGCGGGGGUCGGCUGGGAAAUUCUACGCAGUUAAGGUUGGCUAUCAGCCUGGGGUAUACUCUGAAUGGAGCGAAUGCUUGACUCAAGUGACGGGGUAUAAAGGCGCAGUGUUCCAGGCCUUUCCCACCCCCGAAGAGGCAAAUGCGUUUCUUACAGGCAUCAAACCUCCCACUGCGCGAGGUGCCACUCCCCUAGAUUCAGAACCCACUCGAUUCUACGGCGUUCAGCGUGGACGAAUACCCGGCGUGUACACGAACUGGGCAAAGGCGCAAGAGCAAAUCAAGGGAUUCACUCGGCCCCGAUAUAAGAAGUUCCCUACCAGACAGGAAGCGGAGGAGUUUGUGAGGGAGGAUCAAGGAAAUGGAGCUUCGUUUGCUGCAACAGCGUCCGAACCCCAACUCCCGGGGGCACUAGGUAUUAGGGAUGAGAUACCACGAGACGAACGGGGUGAGCCGCUGGAGCCAAGCGAUGUCCCUCUACCGCAGGGCGCCGAGGACGGGUUCGACCCUAAUAUUCUUCUCGAUCCUAAGACGGGGAAAGUGGUCUACAAAUCGAAAGAGCAAAAGUAUGCAACCAAGACCAAGGCCACCGCGGCUCCUGGUAUGCUGCGAAUCUACACGGACGGCAGCUCGCUAAAGAAUGGCCGAGCCGUAGCAUCGGCGGGGGUUGGCGUCUACUUCGGUCCUGGAGACACAAGGAACGUCUCCGAACCUUUGAAGGGUAGUCGACAAACGAACCAGCGGGCUGAAUUAACCGCUAUCCUUCGAGCCCUCGAUAUUGCCCCCCGUCAUCGAGAUGUCACCAUCUUCACCGAUAGCCGAUAUGCCAUCGAAUGCGUCACUUCGUGGUUUAUCAAAUGGCGACGCAACAACUGGAUGACCGCCAGCAACAAACCCGUCGAGAAUAAAGAUCUGGUCGAAUCCAUCCUCGUCAAGAUCGAAGAGCGUGAGGAGCUCAAAGUGAAAACACUGUUCGAAUGGGUCAAGGGGCAUAGUUCGGACCCGGGGAAUGAGGCCGCAGAUCGACUGGCCGUCAACGGUGCCCAUCGGGGGGUAUCGGAAAAGGCGGCCGCAAUAGAAGCGAUGAAUGAUGUUCCGGACGAAGAAUUUGAUGACGAUCUUUGA